AUGGGUUGUGCCAGCCCAUUUGAGUGUUGUAGCUUUUUACAUCAGAGCCCUCACCUUCAACACACACACACACCUGCUUCACCGACCUUUCCUCUCCUCACAGAGACCAGCUUCCUCCUGGGGAAUGCCCAGAUCGUGGAGUGGCCUGUAGUCUACAGUAAUGAUGGAUUCUGCAAGCUCUCAGGGUUCCACAGGGCUGAGGUUAUGCAGAAGAGCAGCACUUGCAGGUAAGGAUGGUUCUUGUAUGGUAGUAUUGUAAUCAUUUUAUUAUUACCUUUGUAUGUGUACAGUAUUUUCUGUUAUAGAUGACCACUAAACCACUAGAAUGCUUUGAAAAGGGCCUUCAUGAAGUGAAGUCAGUCAUUUUAUCGCCUGAGCGGUCUGAACAUCCCAUUACAAGAGUCUCACUGAAAAACACUCAACAUCUGGCAUUCCACUAGUACUGAAUGAGUGCCUGUAUUGCCUGCUGAUCAUAGAAAGAGUUUCAAAUGGAAUCAAUUACUGUUGUAAAGGAGAACCAGUCAGUCCGCCCCAGUGUGAGGCCAUCUAGGUCACUCUCAUUCAAAUGUUUAAAAUAUGACUCCAAAAGCCAACGGCUCUUCUUCACUUGAGGUUUUCCUGACUUCGCCCAGGGCUAAGUGCUUGUUAAUCUAGGGGCUAAAGCCAUCCUUCAAAUCUGAUUAUAUGGGAGUGGAGGAUCAUCGACCUUAACCUCAGGCUAUCUGAUCUCACUCCUGCUCAGAAAAGGGUAGUCUAGUGGUGUGUGGUAAACUCAGGAACCACAGGAGCAGGUUUGUUGACUGAUCUCACACUUAAAAUGACCAGUAUAAGUUAGAACAUCCAGAGCCUAUGAAGAGGAGCUGAGAUUUUAUGAUGAUGAUUCAUAACACUGUCAUUAACAUCUUUAAUUGAUGCCUUAUGACAUCUGGCAUAUAGAACGGUGGUUAAAGGGAACUGUAGUUAAGGGUCCCCCCCCCAAAAAAAAGGCACUUCUCUUUUCCCACUUGCACAGACUUUGCUGAUAAAUACUUUGUUGUAGGAAAAUGUACAUGUUACGAUUGUGAUGUGUUGUUGUCUCACCUAGCUAUCUUAAGAUGAACUAAUUGUAAGUCGCUCUGGAUAAGAGCGUCUGCUAAAUGGCUAAAAUGUAAAUGUACAAAUAUGUCAGAUGACUAAUCCUUUUGAUUUUAUUUGUUACUUUUCUUCCAGUUUUAUGUAUGGAGAGCUGACGAACAAGAAGACGAUAGACAAAGUCAGAGAGACCUUUGAUAAUUAUGAGUCCAACUGCUUUGAGGUCCUGCUAUACAGGAAGAACAGUGAGUGUUCCAAUUUAAUUGUUCCCAUUGUAUAUGUACUGUAUACUAUUGUAUUGUGUACAGUGUUGUAAAAAGUACCCAAUUGUCAUAGUUGAAUAAAGGCAAAGAUAAUAGAAAAUGACCCAAGUAAAAGUGAAAGUCACCCAGUAAAAUACUACUUGAGUAAAAGUCUAAAAGUAUUUGGUUUUAAAUAUACCUAUGUAUCAAAAGUAAAAGUAAAAGUAUGAAUCAUUUCAAAUUCCUUAUAUUAAGCAAACCAGUAGGCACAAUUUUUAUUUUAUUUUUAUGGAUAGCUAAGGGCACACUCCAACACUCAGAUAUAAUUUACAAACGAAGCAUUUGUGUUUACUGAGUCUGCCAUAUCAGAGGCAGUAGGGAUGAGCAGGGAUGUUCUCUUGAUAAGUGUGUGAAUUGGACCAUUUUCUGUCCUGAUAAGCAUUCAAAAUGUAACGAGUACUUUUGGGUGUCAGGGAAAAUGUAUGGAGUAAAAAGUACAUUAUUGUCUUUAGGAAUGUAGUAAAGUAAAAGUAAAAGUUGUCAAAAAUAUAAAUAAUAAAGUAAAGUACAGAUACCCAAAAAAACUACUGAAGUAGUACUUAAGUACUUUACACCACUGAUUGUAUAGAAAGGAAAAGGUUAACAAAAUGUAAUGUGCACCUUAUGAGAAAAGCAAUUGUUACUACUACAUUGUAAAUAAUCCAUUCUGUUUGCAGGGGCGCCAGUGUGGUUCUACAUGCAGGUGGCCCCCAUCAGGAAUGAGAAUGACAAAGUGGUUCUCUUCCUGUGCACCUUCAAAGACAUCACUGUCUUCAAGCAGCCCAUCAAGGAUGAGUCCACUAAGGAUAAGGACGAGUCCACUUCA